AUGACUGGUCACAAACCAGCUGGGAUGUCAAAACUCCCACAAGUGUUAAAGCCUCCUCUCCCUCUCUCCCUGCCAGUUCACAUGUCAGUUGUCCCUCCUUCCUGGCAAUUCCUCCCUCUGUCACAGGCAGAGCUUGGCCAUCUCUUUUCCAACUCCAGCCCCUUCUCCUUCUCUCAGAGCCUCUUCAUGGUGCCCCCACCCGGCUGGGGCCCCAGACCGGGCCUCCAGGCUUCGUUUGGCCCUUACUCAGUUACACAGCUCGUAUCAGAGACUGUGCUCCCUCUCUCCCCCCUUCUGUCUGCCUCCCUCCUCUCAGAGCAUGUGGAGAGAGAGAGGGAUGAGGGAGGGUGGGAGAGGUUCAGGGUGAGGACACUGUUCCACAAGCAGGGCGACACCAGCACAUGGAGCACCUGCGUCACCCUGCAUGCUUUUAAGGAGACAGAGGAGCACAAAGCCUCCUGUAUGACCCAGCCUCCUCUGGGGCUGUGUGUGGUAACUCUGACGCUGCCCAGCUACUGGUUCAAGGAUCAACAUGCCAACCAAUCACAUCAGGAUUUGGAAAAGUGGCUAAGUAACGCCCACCCUCAAAACCGCAUCCAGAAGCGGGAACGGCAGCGUGGCGGACAUCACCAUGGCAACUUUGUAACCCAUCAGCAUGUUACUCCUCCUUCACUGAGAUUCCAUCCAACUGUUGAUGGGGACGUUCCUCUGGCCCCCAGAUUUCCACGGGGCCGCAUGAGGAACCAGAUACAGCUGUACUACUCCUCCUCUGACACAGCAGCAGGAUGUGUGGAGGACCGAGCGGCUCAGUCCCAGAGGCAGCUCUUCCACAUCAAAGCAGUGACGCUGAGAGAGGAGGAGGAGAGGGACAGAGGCAGGACCAAACAAGAAGACUCUUGCUUGAAUGGACAGGAGGGGGAGGAGCUUGCCUUGGACUCCCAUGUUGUGAUUCGUUACCACCGGGGCCCAGUUCUAAUCGGAAAGCCAAUCAGGGUGUCUGUGAGUCUGAGAGCCAACUUCAGUGCUGAGUUUGUUGUGAUCAGGCUGAAGGUGAAGAAGGGCUUGGUGGCGAUGGUGGCACAGAGAAUGCUGACCUCUGACCUGUGGGCAGUGACCCUGGAGAGAAGCCAAGGCUCCAAACAUGACGUGGUGUCCAUCCUCUGCCACAAACACAACACACAUGCACACACACACAGUCCCACUCUCCUCCAGCAACUGGUGUGUCUGUCCGUUGAUGGCCUGAGGCGAAGCUUCGGCGUGGCCAUGACGGUGUCGGCUAACUGGUGGGUGGAGUACUCUGGGCGGAGCAAUCCCCCACCGCCACGAGGGGCAGCAGUGAGCAUCUUCUCGUUCGCUGAUCGACACAUCUUUGGCAUUGCUCCCAUCACAGAGAGCAACACAAUCAUCAACACAGCCAUACUGACCAACCAGCCGCUGUCACUUCCUGUCAUUGUGUUGGCCAUAAGCCGUAAUGGGAAGGUGUCAGAUGUCACCUCUGCAGUCACGUGUCACUCAACCAACGAGAAUACUAUCAAGGUGUCCAGUGAUUGCUCCACCAUUUUCGUGGACGGCAGUGAAUCAGGGUUGGGCAACACCUGUGCGAUGGUUGAGUUUCACCUGGGCGUGCUCAGUGGCUCUGUGUGUCUGGAGGUGUGGGCUCCAUCAGUGCCCCUGCAAGUGUCCUUGGCAGACCCCAUUCUUAAUGCCAUCAGCGGCUGGAACCACUUCACAGAGAAUGGGUGUGUGCCAGUGUAUCAGCGCUCCUCAGUUCAGGUCCUGACUCAGUUCACAGCUCAGGACUCCCACAGAAGAACCAUACAUCUCUUGGGUUCGUCUGAUUGGUUCGUGGAUGUGACAGAGCUGGUCCAUGACUGGCUGAGAGUGGAGGACCCACAAGUGGCUUCCCUUGGCACCCAGAAGAACCUGAUUGGUUUACGGCCAGGAAAGACAUCACUAUAUGUUGUCUCUGAGCAGUGGGACGGUGUGCUGGGCAGGUGUGACAUCACUGUGACCUCCGACCCCGUCACCCCCGCAGACCUGUCUGUACAGGUGAUCAGCAGCCUUGGCAUGUCAGUCUCUGGCAGCUCUGCCCACCCCUCUAUCGUCACCACAACAGUGACAGCCUAUAACAUCCUGUACAACCACCACCAGGAGGCGUCCAUCAGCAUCUGGCUUCAGUUUAGUGACGACACCGCCUCCCUCCUCUCCUCCUUCAGCGACCUUCCCUUUUUCCUGCGUCUCUCUUCAUUGGCUGAAACUGUUGUUGUGGUGACGCCCAGCCCCAGCCAGCGCAUCUUUGCCCAGGGUGACGGAGGUGGACCUUUACUGCAGGCAGAACUUUUGGUUUCAACCUGCACUGACCAGCCAGUCACCUCCAACUUUAUCAGUGAAGGCAACUGGGAUUGGGCGGACACUGGAGGAGGAGGAGGCGGGUCCAGGAGGCUGGCACGGGGAUCUGGUUGGAUAAGAGUGAACCUAGACCUGGGCUUCCUGCAGCCAGUCGAAAACAAAGGUGAGGAAGGCGAAGAGUUUGAGUUUGACAUCUCAGACACGCUGGUCGAGUCAGACAGUGACGUCUAUACGUCAGACUUUGACAAGGACAACAGCAGGAAUAUGAGCAGGGACUACUAUGACAAAAACAAUCUGGAAAGAGCUGUGCUGAUGCCAAGCCAGGAGGAGGGCUCUGUCUACUUCUCCCCAAGCCAGGAAAAAGAAGAAGAGAGGGAGGAGGAGGAGGAGGAGGAGGAGGAGGAGCAGGGAGCUGGAGAGCUGGAGGUUGGUGUGUGUGCUGUCCUCUCUUUGCUCUGUCUCUCUGCUGUCCUCUUCUUGGCAAACUGUCUGCCCUGUGUGCUACGAGACAGGAGGAGGGGCAGAGGACAGAGGAGGGGGGAUGGAAGAGAACCAGAGGGAGGCACAACGGAA